AGAAAUAAUUAUUAUAAUCCCAUUUGGUAUAAAUAAUUUUCUGGCCCCAACAGUUGUUUAUCUUGAAGCCCUAAAGAUCGAAACUUUCAUAAUCCAAAUCCUUUUAUCAAUUUUCAGAUCAAAUUAACGAUCUCUAUAAUCUAGAAUUUGUGCUGCAAUUCAAUUUCUAAUUAGCAACAAGUUUCGCCAAUCAUGAAAUUCAGGAAGGGUUGCAAAGUGGAGGUUAUGAGUGGAAACCAGGUUCCAAUGUCAUGGCGUUGUGCUGAAAUCAUCUCUGGUAAUGGGCGCAGUUAUCUUGUGAAGUUUGAUCAUCAUCUGGAAUCGACAGAAGAGGAGGCUGUUUUCGAGAGGGUGUCGAGAAAGGCUAUCAGACCUUGCCCCCCUUCAAUUGAAGAUAUUCAGAUUUGGGUGGCUGGGGAUGUUGUAGAGGUUUUCAAUUAUGGUUCAUGGAAUAGUGCCACCGUUUUGAAGGUCUUGAAUGGUGAUUGUUAUUUGGUGAGGCUACUAGGACCUUCCCAGGAACUGAGAGUCCAUAUGUCAAGGACUAGGGCUCGAUUAUCUUGGCAAAAUGAAAGAUGGGUUAUUUUUGGGCAUGGGCAGGGAUCUAGAAGUUAUCAGCAUCUCAAACCUGCGUCUAAUGGCCAUCAGAAAAGAGGAAUUUUAGAGCCAAAACCGAGUGGAAUGUUUAAGAGGCGGCGUGAGAAUGAUGCUUUUGCUUGCGAAGUUAGUAGAACGUUGCGAGAAGCAUCUCCGCCCCCAUCGUGCCAUCUUGAUGUCUACAGCGGUCAUUUUCAGAAAACAAGAACACUAGAAAGAGACUCUGCCCGCGCUCUUGAAAAGGUAGAUGCUAUUGCUUACCCGAGAAAAUAUCUGGGUGAAAAAAGCAUUUAUUCUUCAUUUAACAAUAGGUUAGAUGGAUUUUCUGAUAGGAAGAGAACUGGUCCUAUUGCCUGUUCUCUUGCUAGAAUCCCUGAACCUAAUGAUUCUGAUAAUGAUGCAUGUUCUGUUGGUAGUUGUAGUGUUGCUAGUAGCAGUCCAGAUAGGCUUCCUGAAAACUGCCUCGGAAAUGAUAACAGUCAUUUUAUGCACAAAAAAAUUGAUGAUAGUGUUCAUACAUUAGAGUUGCAUGCUUAUCGCUGUACUCUAGAGGCCCUAUAUGCUUCGGGGCCGUUAAGUUGGGAACAAGAAGCAUUAUUAACGGAUCUUCGUAUAACACUCCAUAUAUCAAAUGAUGAACAUUUAGUCGAGUUGAGAAAAUUUCUGCUGGGCGAGACACACAGUCGUUAGUUGAAAUAUUUUAAGGUUUUGCAAAUUUGGAUUCUAGGCUUCUUUAAUAGUCUUUAUAUCUGUCUAUAGAGGCUGUUCUUUAAGGAUGAGCUCAGAAAAAUGGUGUCAAUUUGUAUAGUUUCUUUGCGGUGUUGUCUGUCUAUUCAUAUUUAUAGCUUGAGACAAAUUCUGAAGAAAUGUUGUAAUAGCCAAAAACAGUUAUAUCCUUCUAUUUGUUUUCUUAAUUUCCUGUCGAGCCUUCCAUAUUUGUAAUAAAGACCUUUGUCGUGUUACUUUUAGCCGGUAUAUAUAAAAGUCAAGGGCAUGAGACUCUUUCAUCUUUCUGA